GUCAGAGCAUGCUGAAAUUUCUAUUACGUGAUAGUUGUGCAUUGUUGCGACAAAACAAAAUUCGUACGAUAUUGUCCGUAAAAACCGGUGUUUUACUGGCGCAGUAAUCCCUUGCAUCGAAUCUUACUAAAGCCCCGCACAAAACAACCAUGCCGGCGGUCCCAGGAAGUGUUUACAAUCAGAACCAGCAGCCGAGUUGUUUUGAUCGGAUGAAGAUGGGUUUCACGAUUGGAUUCUGUGUGGGAAUGGCCAGCGGUGCACUGUUCGGAGGCUUCUCUGCUUUGAGAUACGGAUUGCGCGGCCGAGAGCUAAUCAACAACGUGGGUAAAGUUAUGAUCCAAGGAGGUGGCACCUUUGGCACCUUUAUGGCAAUUGGAACUGGCAUUCGUUGCUAAACCAAAACAUCCGAUCACGGGAUGUUAUGUGGUCUACAGCAUAUUAAAACUACACUUACACUUAAGAAUUGUUAUGAAUAAAUUAGCGCUACCCUACAUCUAAU